CGACACCUUUGCACAGGCCAUCAUCGCUCGGCACUGUCCAUCGUCACUCGCCGUACUCCUGACGUCUGCUGUCAACGGCUGAGCUGAGAAUAGCAUUAGCUCCAAUCAGGAAGAAGACUGACGCAAACGCGGAUCAUGCCAUGCAAGGAGAAAUCAAGGAGUUACAGGGGCACUGCCUUUUUGACCAGCGCUUCUUGAAGGCUUGGCACAUUGAGCGGCCGGUCUUCAAGAAGCACCAUUUUGAGAAGACCUUGCAUGAGCUUGUGCAAUUCCCAGAACGGACGUCUAGUGCCAUUUUGCGUGCAGAGAUUCUAGCUACUGAGACAUCUUCUGAUGAAAACAUACCUGGCUAUACCCUGACGCAUCGAAUGCAUCGACGCAUCUUGCCGAGAAGGCCAGCGCUAGAUACGGAUAUGCUGCAAGAUUGCUUCUUUUUCAAUAGCGAGGAUUCUGGCGCGAUGCUUGUGGUCUUCAGGCCGCUUGAUCUCACUUCCAUUCCGUUCUACCAUCCAAAAGUCGCAGCAUUGGCAUUUCACUACGACGAGCUUGCGUGCAGUAUUGCCUACGAGCCCUUGUCAAACUCUUUCGCGGAUGAUCGCUUGAAUCGAACACUUCGCAUGCUGCUUCAAAUCAUUGUCAAGCAUGCAACAGGACAUGCAAACGACUACCAGAAACGAGUUCAUCACGAUCUCAUCGUUCCACGGGAUGCAUUCCAAGAUGCAAACCAACGGCUCAAACGAACCUAUGCCGCGCGCUACUACCAAGGUUGGAUUGAAAAGACUGACCCGGGAAAGCACGUCUUUGAAGAUCUUUGCAUUACUGCAUUUCUACUUGAACUAUGGAAGUGUCAACCGUUUGCGAAAAAACAUCCAAUACGCUUUGUCGACGUCGGUUGUGGCAAUGGGCUUCUUGUGGAUUUGCUUGUUCAGGAAGGCAAACUUGGGUAUGGCUUUGACUUGCGUGCUAGAAAAUCAUGGUCGAGUGGCCUCUACAGUCCCCAGGGACAAGCACAACUCAAGGAGAUGAUCCUGCAGCCACAAUGCUUCAUGUCUGAGGUCAUCCGCUCCUCGCAUAUUCACGACGGCAUCUUCCGCAGUGAUGAAUUCUUGAUUGGCAACCAUGCUGAUGAAUUGACACCUUGGAUCCCCGUCUUGUCCGCGUUGUCGACCGUACCAGAAGGCGACCUACCCAUCCGAGAUGGAGAAGAAGUGGCAUUGAUGGAUGUACCAGGCUUCUUGAUCAUUCCAUGCUGCAUGCAUAUCUUCUCAGGCGCAAAGCACUCGGGCUCAGUCACGAAAGGGAAGGCAGAGGGAGGUGGACGCUAUGCAGCGUAUGUUGCAUUUCUACAGCAAGUCUGUACAGCACUUGGUUUUGUCACGUUACAAGAAGCUUUGCGUAUUCCAUCGACGCGCAAUAAGGCGCUUGUAGCGAUGCAACGGUGGCUUGUAGAGGACAUCGGCGUUCCCAUUGCCGAACGCGCUCAUGGGCGUCAUGCACGCUUGCUCGCAUUGUGUAAGACAAUCAUCGUCAAGCACGGUGGUGCUGAUGAAUUUCUCAACCACACAAUCAAGCUUGCACAGUCUACCAAAGUUGGCCAUUGAUUGUCAUGGGUAGCAGUAUGUAUGUCAUUUGUAAUAUAAAGAAGACGUCCUUUGUGAGCAAGAAAACGUAUGGAGACCUCGCCUCGACAGGAUUGCAAUCUUAUCCUGCAAUUGCCUCCUCCCGUUACAAGAAGAAAACGAAACAAAGCCAAAAAGACAAAAAAAAAAAAAAGAAAGACCGCUGAGUGUUGUGCGAGAUGAUAGGAUGAUAAUGCUGGUGUUGGUAUGCUUUAUUCGAUAAAAGCUGUACAAGAACGUAGAAUGUUCGUGACGUGUUGAAUCACUGGUCGCUGAGAUUCAUCAAAAGCUGGGCAAGAGCUCGUUUUGUAGCCACAUCGUCCUUGAGGACCAUGGAAAAUGUUGCGUCUCGAAGUGGUUCGGGAAGACACUGCCGGAGUGCUUCUCUAGCACGAGCAUUGUCGCUCAGACGGAGGUAGCACCGCACAACAUGCUUGAGAAGACGCACAGCCUGUGUGGUUGU